GGGCUGGGGAAGAUACUGAGAAAAGGGCAGGGCUAAUGAAGAUGGUGCAAGGCAGGUGAAGAGGGAAGAGUGGAGGGAAAAGCAGGCUGGGAACACAGGAGGAAAAACACAGGGCAAACUGAAAACUAAAAACACAGCAUACACAUGAAUAUAACUUAAAUACACAAGUCACACUGAGCAGAAACAGCACAAACACCUCAACAUAACAUUGACAACCUUAGCAUCCUUAAAGAACUCAAACAUACAUUGCUGUUGACAUAAACAUCAGACAACAAGUUUGUCAAGAGGAGUGGCCUGCAUGUAACAAUAAAAUAGGACUGAAAGACAACUGUUGCUCUGAGUUUCAGUUCACUUUCACACAUAAUAUCUAUGAGGGUCAGUGUGUAGCAAGCAACAGUCUUCAGUCACAUUUCCUGAAGAUAAGUGUGAAAGCAAACUUCAGUGUCAACCUGCAGGGCCUACUGCCACUCAGUCCAGUUCAACAAACUGGGAAAAAGUCAGAGGGAACCUGGUGGACUGGUGGAGGGACGUAGAGCCAGACUGGGACAGAACCAAUGAUACGGGGAAAGGUCAAUGAGAAAGCUUCCUCAGUGACUGUCACCCUUUACUCUGAAGUCAGGAUCUUGAAAACUCUGCAUGAUGAGUCACACAGAAGGUGAAGCUCUUGACUCCCAACAACAUGCAGUGUCAAAAGGAGGGUCAAAGGUCACAUCAGAGAGAGUGGCCCUGCUGGUUCUCAGCGCUCUUUUGGUUGCCGCUGUCAUUGUUAUUUAUCGUGUCUCUAUGGUCAACAUGCAAACCAAGGAAAGUCUCCAAAUGCUGAAAACCAAGUAUGAAGAAGUACAAAGACAUCUCAAUGGUGAUUCAUGCCUGAAAUGUGACAAAGACUGGGAGCAACUUAGAGGAAACUGCUAUUAUUUCUCCAUGUCAUAUUUAUCCUGGGAAGAGAGCAGACGUUUCUGCCAAAUUCAAGGAGGAGACCUGGUGAAGAUAGACAGCAGGGAUGAGCAGAUAUUCUUGACAAAGGAACUGAGUGACAAAAUGAACGAUAAAGAGGACAAGUUCUGGAUCGGACUGACAGACUCAAAGAAAGAGGGCGAAUGGUUUUGGGUGGACGACUCACCACUGAACACAAGUUUGUCUUUCUGGAGCAAAGGUGAGCCGGACAAUUGGAAACAGGAAAAUUCAGAAGGAGAGGACUGUGUGAGGAUGGGACGGAACGGAGGAGCCAAAAACUUGAAUAGCUGGUUUGAUAAAUCCUGCAACAAGCCUCACAAAAGUAUUUGUGAGAAACAAGCAGAAACUGGACUUUGUUAGUGUAUGUUUGUGGUAUGUGUCUCAAAUCCAUUUGAGUUUAAAUUUUCAGCCUAUUCAUCUAACAAUCUCAGUACAGGAUG